UUUGAAAAGAAAACCUCACUCUCUCUCUCUCUCUCUCUCUCUCUCAAUCGACCUCUCGAAAGAAAGAACUCUCUCAGAGCGCGCGCGAUCUCUCUCACUCAUACGAUUUCCGCAUUUUUUUUUCUUUGAUCAGUUUAUGUUGAUGUUAUUUUUCUUCAUUUUCUCCUCUUUCUAGGUUUUCGGCAGUCAUUCUUCUCAUUUUCGCCAUUUUCCGUACAGGUAUCUCGGCAAUUUUCUCUCAUAGAAUCAUGUCAUUUCAUCAGUCAUCUUAUAGCCCCCACAUCAAGAGGCCCCGGUUGACGCCUUCCAGAUAUCUGGGAGAUCGAUUUAUUCCCGUGAGGGCAGCCAUGGAUUUUGAUGUUGCGGGAUUUCUGCUAAGGUCGGAGAAUAAGAAGGAUACUGACAUGCUCGUUUCCCCUAGUAAGGAGGAAUACAGAAAACAGCUGGCUAGUAUUGUGCUAAAGGAUCACAAUAGUUUAGAGGGCUAUCGCAUUCUAAAAUUCAAUGCAAAACCCAACAAGUGUGAAUUAGAUCCUAUGUAUCCAACUGCUGAAGAUUUGUUUCCUUCUCCUAACCAACAACGGAGAUUUCCUCGCCAUAUUCCUCAGACAUCUGAGCGGACUCUGGAUGCUCCUGAUCUGGUUGAUGAUUAUUAUCUGAAUUUGCUUGAUUGGAGUUGUAAAAAUGUUGUGGCAAUUGGCCUUGGUAAUAUUGUAUACUUGUGGAAUGCCACCAAUCAAGCGAUAGAAGAGUUGCCAGAAGUUAAAGAAGAUGAUGGGCCUGUUACGAGUGUUUCUUGGGCUCCAGAUGGCACACAUAUUGCAAUUGGUCUCAAUAAUUCUGAUGUUCAGAUUUGGGAUUCUUUAUCACUAAAGAAGGUGAGGUCCUUGAGGGGUCAUUCUGCUCGGGUUGGAAGUUUAUCAUGGAAUGGUUCCAUUUUGAGCACUGGUGGUCGAGAUAGUAAAAUUUUUAAUCAUGAUGUGAGAAUAAAUAAACACAUCAUAUCCAGACUGUCUGCUCAUGAACAAGAAGUAUGUGGAUUGAAGUGGUCAUUAUCUGGUAAACAACUUGCUAGUGGCGGUAAUGACAACCUUCUAUAUAUAUGGGAUGUUGGAUUUCGUUCAGGUCACUAUCUCCACCGUUUAGAUGCACAUAAGGCAGCAGUCAAAGCCCUUGCGUGGUGUCCUUACCAAAGCAAUCUUUUAGCAUCUGGUGGGGGGACGGCAGAUAGAUGUAUCAAAUUUUGGAACACUCGCAAUGGGGCCCUUUUGAACAGCAUAGAUACAAAUUCCCAAGUAUGCUCCCUACAGUGGAAUCAUCAUGAAAAAGAAUUACUGAGUUCUCAUGGUUUUAGUGAGAAUCAACUCACUUUAUGGAAAUUCCCGUCGAUGAAGAAGAUAACAGAAAUCACAGGCCACACUGCUCGGGUUUUGCAUCUUGCACAGUCUCCUGAUGGUUUUACUGUGGCAUCGGCUGCAGCAGAUGAAACAUUGAGAUUUUGGCAGGUGUUUGGGACCUCAAGAUCUACUUCUGUCUCUUUGAAGGGCAUAAAGAAGGAAUCCAACUUUCCUCUCAGUAGUCAUAUGACUAUACGAUGAGCUGCUGUAGAGGUGAGACUGAAAUGUAUCUGUUUUAUGCAAUACUGGUGAUACAUGUAAUUGAAAUUUUAUACUUGAGCAGAGUGAAACUGUACAUGGUAAGGAGUAAAUUAAAUUGAAGUUCUUUAAGAUGUGUUAUGCUUGUAACCACAUUCCUGUACAGUUCUUACAAUUUUUCUUACGGGAUAUGUCCCUGUAAUUUGAAUCCCGGUCUGUUAUUUAGUUUCAAAAAAUAAGGAUACGCUAUUUCUCACC